ACAGGUACCACUUCUGCAGUGUUUUCCGUGUUUAAAACAUCUGGAUGAUGCGCUGAAGGAGAUGCGUGAAAGCACUGUGCUUAACUUUUAAAUUCCCACCCAUCCAUUCUGCAGCUCACUCAUCUCCGUGUGGAAUUAUGUGGAUUAUCGUGGCUGUUCUCCUGACGACCGUCGGUCCCGAGUGGAGCAAAGGAUGCCAGCUGCCCCACGACUGGAGACCCCAGACGGAGGCAUGCCGAGCCGAGCUGGCCGAGAUCAUCGUGUUCGCCAAGGUUCUGGCCCUCCACAAGGAGCCUUACAACUACCUGCCGUGGCAGCUCAACACGGACCUGCUGUACUCCGCUGAAAUAGAGCUGCUGUGCGACCAGGCGUGGGGGAGCAUGCUGGAGGUCCCGGCGGGCUCCAGGUUUAACGUCACCGGCAUGGGCUACUUUCCUUGCUUCUCCUACAGUGUGACCCCCGACAACAACUACUACUUCUUUGUAAGGAUGGAUGAAAACUACAACAUUGUUCCCCAUGGAGUCAACUUCCAAGACGCCAUCUUCCCGGACACGGCAGACAACCAUCGCAUGUUUGCCAGUCUUUUCCAGUUCGCCAACUGCACGCCUGGUACCCACGUCCACAGCUUCACCCCUGAGUGGGAGGCGCAGGAGGAUAGUCGGUUGCUGUGCUCUGCGGUGCAGAAGGCUCUAUUCGAGGAGGAGGAGAAGGUGAAGACGCUGUCUCAGAAUGUUCGUUACUUGGAGAAAGCCAAUGGCCACCUGAGGGAGAAGGUGAAGACCAUGAAGCGUCUACUGCGCCAGGCCCAGCGGGAGACGACCAAGGAGCAGCAAACGCUCAGCCUCAAGCAGCUCUACGAGUCGAAGACCACCCGAACGCACCCCCAUCAGGACACCACCCACAACCAAAAGGAGCCUCGGCUUAAUGGGGCGCUGGCAAAGAAGUUAAAGAAGUAGGCUUGCCAACAUCAGAGGGCUAAGUGUGUGUCUUAUAUGCGUAACCCACCUUCAUAUGCUUAUCAUCCUGUAGCAGUUGGUAACAUUUCUCAUUUUAGCAUUUCACAAGUUAAAAAGCGUAAAACUCCGACCUUUGUCACUAAAGUGAUUAGAAAUAUUCCUGAUCAAAUGGAUUCAGUAGUUUCCCAGUCAGGAAAGUACAGUACCGUAGUAAUUAAGUAAGUUUUUAACUAUUGGCUAUGCAAGGUUGUGUUGUUGAGUAAAAAUGGUGGUGCUAUAAAAAAGUGUUCUUUUAUUUUAUUUUUGGAACUAUUUAUAUUAAAAAAAAUUUUUUUUAAGUAUCCAGAAAGUGCGAUGUUGAUUUAGCAAUUUUUUGCUCAUACAAAGUUUAUUUUUUGAUAAACAGGGUGCUGCGCAUCUAUUAAGUCGAGCCAGUGAACCUAGCAAAGUCCAGGGAUGGCUUUUUCUGUUUUUGGCUUUCUUUUCUAUUUUGUAUGACUUAUUUACAUUAUUCGUCUUCACAUUUUU